CGAAGCAACAACCCUCGUGGAUCGUUGCUCUCGCCCUUCGCGCUCCGCUCCGAGGUCGACUCGCAAUUAUCACUCGCUCGCCUUCUCCCCCUUUCUUUCCUUCCUUCCUUCCUUCCUUCCUCCCUUCCUCCCUCCUCCCGUCCGCCUGCCCGGCCGCCUACGCUCCGUUAUCAGUGACGUUCGCGCGCGCUUGGUGCAUCCGUUUGAAAUCACUGUCGCCGACUUGUCGAUCGGAACAGGGAGAAAGAGAGAGGGGGGAGGUGGAAGAGAAAGAGAGAGAGAGAGAGAGGAAGAGUGUGUCCUGUCACCAUGGAGGAAAGUUCGGCGAACAAUGUGCGUCCCUUGCUCGCCGCAGCGCUUUUCCGAAAGAUCGGACGGGCAACUUCGUGUUCCGCGAGUUCCCAUUAGAUAGAGCGGUCGCGGCUCGAUUUGAAUUCCCCCGAGCCUGCAGAAAUUCCCCGGGAGCCAUCAGCGACAGAGAGAGAAGGAGAGAGAGGGAAAGUCGCUUGUGAAUUUGUCCUCGAACUCGUAUUGUUUUAAUUGAUCCCGACGCGCUCCUUCGAAUUCGCGUUCGCGAAGAGGAAUCUGCGGAGGAAAUUUCAGUGCGGCACUUCGUCGCUAGCUCUAUCUUUCUCUGUCUCUUCCUCUCCUCGAGUCGGACUACCGCGAACAUAUUCCGUGACCACCGAAUUUUGGUAUCUGCGAAUUUCCUCGAAUUCAUUUCAGUAAUUCAGCUUUCCACGAACUCUUAUUCGCACUCCUCGGAAAAUCCCCCGGAGUGUUUCGGUUUCUCGAGUUUCCCUCAAAGCGCCCUUUCUCGAAUUCCCGAACCUGUGAAGAUCCCGUCACCUCGCGAGAUUCCGGAUGCUUGAGUUUUUCAGUGACGUCGCCCUUCUCGUUUCCCACACCUGACGUCUCAUUAAGCAGUCCCGCAAAAUUAUCGCGCUAUUCAUCCGUUUGAUCUAAUUUUCGUUAUCGCUUAAUCUUUCUUUCUCUCUUUUUUUCUUACAGAAAAGUCCACUUCCUCGAGACAAUCGCGGAAAAUUUCCAACUCUUCGGGCUUGCAACUAGUGGAAUUAUCGGCACUUUUAUCAUGAAACCCUAAAGAACGUCUGCUGAAAUAUUGAGGGCUGUAAUUCCGGGAGCUGUUGCAGUCCAGCGACUUCCCGCGAGUUUAUGAAUCAUUGGACCAUUAAUUUUCAUCCCGCCAGCAUCCCGAUUCGCUGUUCCAUAUUUGAGAGCUAUAAAUCGACCGGAAACACGCGAAACACUCGCAAGUGCGAGGUUUUUUCAGAGGCUGCCCGCUCGAACGCGCAAAUUCGAUUGAAUCCGCGAUAGACUAAUGACAGCGAAAGUUGAAAGUUCUCUGGUAGUCCUCGUAUCUGCCAAGUGAUAAUAUUCAUGAUCGUUCGCGCGAGCGAUCAGCUCGUCGAUGUAACCUGUUGAGCGUGUAAUCCUCGCUUUUCACCAAUAUAUCAUUCGGUAUAUCGGAUCAGUCGCAUCGACGAAAUUGAUUCGCCAUCGACACUCGUGACUCGCCGAAGACGCCAAGAGAGAAUGGCCUCUCCCGUCUUCGCGCCGAAAUAUCCUGGCAGUUUUACUAGCCCGCCGUCAUGAAAGGAUAAUGGAUGCGAGGAUCCGUGGUGAAAACACAGGAAUCAGGCGUCGAAAAGACGUAGGAAAUCGUCGGAAAAUUUGUGAGCUCCUCGAAUCUUUCAAUCUCUAUUUUCGGUUCUGCAGACAAAUUUCGAGUUCCCGGCUUUAAAGUAUUCAGAUCCUCGAAUCAUCUCAGAGCUCUACAAUAAUUUUUACUUCCUUGGAUCUUUAUUCUUCUGUCUUAUGAAUUUCUUAGCUCGCCAAUUUCCCGACUUCGCAUAUUUUGCAAAUUUCGGGUUCCCGACUUCUACCCUCAAAUAUUCAGAUCCUCGAGUCAUUUUAUCCGCGAUAUAAUUGAUAUCUUCUUGAGGCUCUUUAUUCUGAAAUUUUUUCACUCGUAGGCAUCCUUUUAACUCGCCAGUUUCCCGACUUGGCAGAUUUUCCACGAGCCGGGCUCGUGGCUCGAGUUUUUAUUUCACAAAUUCCCGACAUUCCGUAUUGUUGGCCCUCGAUAUCGCGGCUCUGGCGAGCUCUCGUUCCUCGAAUUUCUAUCUCUUGAAGUAUUUCAACUUUCAUUCAUGACUUUGCCCGGGUAUCCUCUUUUUUUCCGGCUCGCGGUUUAACACAACGUCCCUUUAUGAAAUCGACUCGCUUUAAUUUCACUCAAUUAUAGCGCAUAUCCCUCGUAAUCUUCCCGCCUCGUAAAUCCUCAGAUCCCACGAUACGUUCCCAACUGUUGACCGCAAUCCGUUACAACCACCGUCGACUAUCCCGACAAAUCUCCAUUCUGUGGGCCCGCGUUGGCGUCCUUUAACGAGCCUAAUAGUGCGCGAUUUCGCAGAUGGAGAAUCCUCGCGUGCCGUGAAUAAUAAAAAAGGAGGGGGGGAGAGAGAGAGAGUACGCGUUUGAGUGCGUCAAGUUCCAACUGAGCGAUGACGACGUCGACAAUUGUGAGUGUCGUCCUGGCGGAUCCUUACGAGGAUUCGCCGGCCUUGUGGGACGCUGCGAACUCCAGCGAGAUCGACUUGGAGGCGAGUACGAGCUUCGACGCAAACCAAGACGAGACAGAGCAAUUCAACAACUGGUGGGCGAUGCUGGCGCUCGUCCUGGUGCUGGGAACGGCCGCGGGGAAUAUCCUAGUGUGCAUGGCGAUCACCUGGGAGAGGCGGCUCCAGAACGUCACUAAUUAUUUCCUGAUGAGCCUGGCCAUCACGGACCUUAUGGUCGCAGUCUUGGUGAUGCCAUUGGGUAUUCUUACGCUAGUCCGAGGAUACUUUCCGCUGCCGUCGGUUUAUUGCCUGGCCUGGAUUUGCCUCGACGUGCUGUUUUGCACCGCGAGCAUAAUGCACUUGUGCACUAUAAGCGUGGACCGCUAUCUGAGUCUGCGCUAUCCGAUGAAGUUCGGCCGCAACAAGACCAGGCGAAGGGUAAUCUUCAAGAUUAUUAUCGUGUGGCUCCUCAGCAUCGCCAUGAGUUUGCCCCUGAGCUUAAUGUACUCCAAGGAAGACGAGUCGGUGCUGGUGGACGGAGAAUGUCAGAUCCCGGACCCUCUUUACAAGUUAAUUGGUAGCAUAAUAUGUUUCUAUAUUCCCCUGGGUGUUAUGCUGCUAACGUAUGCGUUAACGGUGAGACUGCUGGCGGAGCAACAGCAGAACAUCGGUGGGACUGCAGCAGGUUGGUCAUCGGGAUGGUUGGGUGCUCCUCAGGGCGCACCCUCUGCAGCAGGUCUCGAAAGGCGAGGCACCUGGAAGCGGUUCCUUCUCAACAAAAGCUCCGGCGGGAGCGGCGGCACCCCGCAGCACACUUCCGGCACGUCAACCGACACCGAGCUGACUACCCUCGACACCCAUGAGCUUUGGCUCCCGGAAAGCGAACCACCACCCUCGGCCAUGUCCGCCCUUCACGCCUUCGGCGCGGAGAUGCUGAAGCUGUCGAGGGGUCUCGAGGGAAUGGCCAACCCCGGAAGCCAGACUCCAUCGAGAUCGACGUCUCAGCAUCAGCAGCAGCAUCAACACGGGCCAUCGCACCGCAGAUGCAGCUUCCGCAACGGAGGCACGGAGAGCACGGGCAGCAGCAUGUCCUGCUCGAGGACGAGCUUGUCGGCGCAGGAAGAGUUCCCGAGUCCGUGGAAGCACCGAAGACGAGCGUCCACCUACAACGAGGCUCACGUGGAGAGAACGAUCCAGACGUUGGGUUCGCCGAAGGCACCCAGAAAACGGUCCUUCAGCUUCCACGAGCAGUCGUCCUAUCGCGAGGACGACUCGCGCAGGAAGUGCCAAGAGAGCAACAAGCCAGGAGGACCGAUAACGCUACCGCCACCUUGCACGUGUCCUUAUUUCGGGGAGUCCUCGAAGAAACCGCCGCCUUCCAGCGAGGUCGUCAUCGUCUCCAGCGACACUAUGAAACCUAUCGGCAACAAGAGCCUGGAGACGGGCCUCUUGAGCGAUUCUGUAAAGCCCGUCUGUGACACCACGAGGCUGCCCGCUGGUAACAAGAAUCCGGAAAGGGGCGACACUGUGAGACCCGGCAGGAAUUCGGAAACAGGUCCACAGGUUGACACCGUGAAACCCAUCACCGGCAGGCACCUGGAAGUGGGUCUGCCGGCUCUCGGUAGAAACAACAGCGCCCGAUCCGCGCACAACGCCAAAGGCGGCUACGAGCAGUUGCCCAUGACGAACAGCGUGGUCAUGUGGCGCGGCGGAAGGCGAGGCUCCAGCCUAGGCAGCACCAGGACCCUGCUGACGCCCGGCACGAGGGCGACGCCGCUGCGACGCGCGGCAACGGUGCGGGCGCACAACGGCGCAACGGGUGCGAGCCUGACGCUGAAGCAGAGCAACCCGUCGUCGCCGAGUUUGCUGAGGGGACCAGGCCCAGGCGUUCGCAGCCAUCACUCGCGCACCAGCAGCGUGAUCUCGCGCAACAGCUCCCGCCACGGCAGGAUCAUCCGGCUGGAGCAGAAGGCGACGAAGGUGUUGGGCGUGGUGUUCUUUACUUUCGUGAUCCUGUGGGCGCCCUUCUUCGUGCUGAACCUGGUGCCGGCCGUGUGCCCGGACUGUGAGCGGCGGAUCGACCGCAAGUUCUACGACCUGGUUACCUGGCUCGGCUACGCCAGCUCCAUGGUCAACCCCAUCUUCUACACCAUCUUCAACAAGGUCUUCCGCGAGGCCUUCAAGAAGGUGCUGCUGUGCAGGUAUCGCAAUCAAGCAUGGCGGCCGGCCAGGUAGGCCCUGGGCCCCGGGAGACCGGGGAUCGCCAUCAGUAGGGUAUGAACGUGACCGGAAGUAGAAGCGAUACGUUUGGCUGCGUGUGUGGCUGCUGUGUGCGUGUGUGUAUGUGUUAACAAAGACGACGGAGGACGUCACAAAAAAGACACAGGACGAAGGUAGGAACUCGAACGAAUGGUGCUAUUCUACUCGCGCGAUUGGCUCGCUCUUAUCGACGCCGUAACGAGGACUUUCGAGAGGAGGGUAUUGGCUAUCUGCUGGACAAAGCUUCAGUCAUGAAGCUUUACGGAGAUUGUUGACGAGCUCGAAACAAUUCUCAGUAGAAUCUUCCCGUUAGUCGAUCAUCCCAUCGACGCGUUUCGCAUUCGUGUAAUGACGAUCGUUUUAACGAACUGAAAAUUGUUUGACGAUAAUCUUCUCUUACAUGCGACUCAACACAUAUCGACAUUACUAUGUGUAAUCACAUAUCGACGUUUAAUGAUAAUUUCAGGAUGUAUGAUAUAAAUUAUAUAAAUUAUCCUAUUUUGAUAAUUUUAUAUUCGGAGUAAUUUGCGCGUGUCUCCUGAAAGGAUGUUUAAUUGCAAAGUUCUCAGGCUGUUCCCAACUUAAUUCAAAUUGCGUGCUGCGAGAUCUCUUAGAAUUGCGCAUAUUGUCUUUACGUGGCUGAUAUACGUAAGAAAUAUCAUUUAGCAGUCUGUUUAGAAGUCAUUUUUGCGUUAAUAAUUGCUCACUCGAUACUAAAUUCGAUCUCUCUCUUUCUCUCUCCCUCUUCCCCUAUUUCGCUCGCUCUCUCUCUCUCUCUCUCUCUCUCU